AAAAACAUGAAAGCAAGUGGUGUAGUGUAUGUGUUCCAAAAUUAAAAGUGUCAAGUGUAUGUGUAGAUGGGUGUUCGAUGUGUGUGUGUGUGCUACGGUGAUCGAAUGGUCUCCGUAAUAUCAUAAAAUACCAGAUUGUUGGUAGCUAAAAAUUCAACUACGCAAUCAAAACUAGGUAGCAGAAAUUAUUCCGUGCAGUGUUGGAAUCUCGUCGAGCGAGAAUAGUUAAAUCAACGUAUAGCUGGAUCCCUGGCCUACGGUGGACCUGCGUUGGUGUUACCAGUUUGUGUGUUUGUCUAGCCGCUCUGGCGAAGAGAGUGUACUAUUGCGGUUGCUGCCGCAAGACGGAGUCCUAGGCGGUGCGAAACGGCGGAAGUGACUGGGCAGUAUUUCGUUGGAGGUUUCGAUAAGGGACGUGAAAAAUUACACCGAAGAAAGAGAACAGAAAGUUGUGAACGCAUCGGUGCUUUGUUGGAUCACUCAAGACGUUAUACGAUAGUGUUCAAUCAUCAGCCGAAAUUGUGAGGACAAACGUUGUACACCAACGAUAAACGUUGCAUCUCCUCGCUACACAGCCGGUAGGCCACUUGACAGAGCUUCCGUGGAGUGGACUUUAAACAAAAAUUUACCCAAAACACACAACACAACAUCAUGUCCAAAACGGUACCAAAUUUGCACGCGAUCGCAAUCCAAACGCCAUCGUCGCUGAAGGCCGAGAUCAUGCCGGCCCCGGCCACGACCGCCACGGUGGUGAAGGAGGGCUGGCUUUACAAACGGGGCGAACAUAUCAAGACAUGGCGCUCGCGGUACUUCAUCCUGAAGAGCGACGGCACGCUCGAUGGCUACAAGACCCGGCCGGACCUGAAAACGUUGGCCGAGAAGUCGAACGAGUUCACCGUGCGUGGCUGCCAGAUUAUGUCGAUCGACCGACCGCGACCGUUCACGUUCAUCAUACGCGGGCUCCAGUGGACGACAGUGAUCGAGCGGAUGUUCCACGUGGACGACGAGGAGGAGCGCAAGGGAUGGGUCGAUGCGAUCCGUAGCGUCGCGAACAAGCUGAACGAGGAGGAAAUGUACCAGACGGACCCGCCCAUGCCACCGGACGACGACUGCGAGAUGGGCUCAAUCGCUGAGGACGAGCUGCUGAGCGAACGGACCACGGUGUUCGGAACGUCCACGGAUCGCGUCAGCGGCAGAAUGAAGGUGACAUUGGAGAAUUUCGAGUUCCUCAAAGUGCUCGGUAAGGGUACGUUCGGAAAGGUGAUUCUGUGCCGCGAAAAAAGCACCGCCAAGCUGUACGCUAUCAAAAUCCUGAAGAAGGACGUCAUCAUCCAAAAGGACGAGGUCGCCCACACGAUGGCCGAAAAUCGUGUACUGAAAACCACAAACCAUCCGUUCCUGAUUUCGUUGAAAUAUUCGUUUCAAACCGUCGAUCGUCUGUGCUUCGUGAUGCAGUACGUCAAUGGGGGUGAACUAUUCUUCCAUCUAAGCCGCGAGCGAAUUUUCCCCGAAGAUCGUACCCGGUUCUACGCGGCAGAAAUCAUCUCUGCGCUUGGGUAUCUACACUCGCACGGCAUAAUCUAUCGAGAUUUGAAGCUAGAAAACCUACUGCUGGACAAGGAUGGCCACAUCAAGAUCGCCGAUUUCGGCCUGUGCAAAGAGGACAUCACGUACGGCCGGACGACGAAAACGUUCUGCGGUACGCCGGAGUACCUCGCGCCGGAGGUGCUGGAAGACAACGACUAUGGGCACGCGGUCGACUGGUGGGGUACCGGUGUAGUCAUGUACGAGAUGAUUUGCGGCCGGCUACCGUUCUACAAUCGCGAUCACGACAUCCUGUUCACGCUGAUCCUGAUGGAAGAGGUUAAGUUCCCGCGAAACAUCAGCCCGAACGCGCGCAGUCUGCUGAGUGGGCUGUUGGUGAAGAAUCCGAAACAGCGGCUCGGUGGUGGUCCGGAUGACGCGAAGGAGAUUAUGGCCCAUCCGUUCUUCGCCAGCAUCAACUGGAUGGAUCUGGUGCACAAGCGCAUCACGCCGCCGUUCAAGCCGCAGGUCACGAGCGACACCGACACGCGCUAUUUCGACAAGGAGUUUACGGGCGAAAGCGUUGAGCUGACCCCGUCGGACAAUAAUGGACCGCUGGGUGCAAUUCAGGAGGAGCCGCAUUUUUCAGAGUUCAGCUACCAGGACAUGGCGUCCACGAUGAACACGCCUAGCUUUAUCAACUCGAACUAUUCGCACCAUUCGAGCAACUCGAACCAUUCGAACCACUCGAACCAUUCGCACCACUCCGGUACCGACCGAUAUCCUCCGAUGCAGUGAGAGACUACGAUGGCAGAGCGACCCACAUCCAGUGGAUGGGUGUAACGUGAACUAUUUGUCGCAGAGUAAAACCAGCAGGACAUCACGGAGGAUGAAGUCCGCAUUCCGGCCCGCUCCUCCGUCCUUGCUUUCCCGGACCUAAGAGAUACUGUGGGGGAGAAAUCGAUCCUAAUGAGAAAAAAAGAGCGAGACGAAAGAGGAAGAAAGAGAGGGAGAGAGAGAGAGAGAAACAAAGAAAAAGAGAGACAGAAAGAAAGAGAGAGAAAGAAGGAGAAGAGCAACGGACGGAGCAACCGCAAGCAGAUGACCGUUAAGUUAUAAUUGCGUUCCAUAGUGUCCAGUUUUGUGUCGCGUACCGUUACGCUUACUGUUCCAUCACCUACUGUCGGCCGACGUCCGGUACGCCGGGAACUGAGCAAAGCGGGGCAAGCUCCGGUUUUCCAGGAUGAGGAAUUGAUUUCCGUCAGCCAAAUGACGAUGGUGACAAAAUAUCGUCAUGGCAAACCGGGUGGUGCGAAGCUUCCCGCAGGAAGGUGCAACACAACACUCUACCAUGAUCCCCUUGGAGUGUGGAUCUGCGUCUCCUUUCGCAGGAGGAAAGCCGAAAUGGCUUGCAACGGCUUAGCGAUGCGAAGCAUCUGCAGCAGGUAUGGGCAGGGGAGGCGCGCUGGCAGAAGUCACGUCCCCCUCUCCAUCACCACUCAUUCACAAUCUCCCCAAACCCCCCCAUCAUCAGCAAACAUACCAUGCAUCCUAGCAUCCACAGACUCGACAAGUUUUACAUCGACCACAAAAUAUCUACCUAUAACCACCGUGCCAAUUUUUGCCAUAGCCGCCAACCAGCGUGUAUUGAUCUCAGAACGAAUAAUAUGUAGCUACAAUGCAAAACAGAACAGGAAACACCGAACAAGACAAACGAACUCACACAUUUAACAAAAACAAAAAAAAGCAUUGCAAUAGGUCAUCAAUGACGAAGAAAAAAAAGACAUAGAAUAGCAGAAACUAGGAACACGAAAGAAUAGUCCUGUCCCCCGUAUAACCUAUUCCGUAGAACAAACAGCAAACCGAGCAACUCUCGUUGUCAUCAAUCCCGCAUGCAUCCGGUUUAACUGCUGCGUUUCGUUGAAGAACAGUUGGGGAGGAGGAGAAUGUAGGGAAGGUUGCAAAGGAUCAGUACGCGACAUGUAUAAGAAAAAAAAGUACAGAAAACUGGGUAUAGGGACAAAAUUUCUACAAAAGGAAAUGCGUUGAUUUUGGAUUAUUUUAGUGUUACAAUUAAGCUUAGACUUAUGGGUAUUGGCAUAUACUGUAGUAGUGCGUGUUGCAGGGGAAGCGGAGGGACCGAGCGCGAAAGAAGGAGGAACAACAGUGCAGGAGAAUGAGAAGAACACGAAAACGGAGAUUGACGACGAAACGGCGCACUAUCGUUUUUAUCAUGUGUUUCUAGGCAGACUCGUUAGAGUAAUUUAAUAUUUUGUUCUACGUGGGGUUGUACGAAAGUAUAUUCAACCGACUUUACCCUUCUUGUGGCGUACCAUGCUUUUAUAGACACACUGUUAUUGUGAGCUCUCGAUAUUCUGCAUAAAGUUGUCCACUUUUCACUGCCACUUGCAAACUUUUCAAUUAAAAUUGACAAUUCUUUGUCUAUCGUUUUCCAGUGGUCAGUAUAGUUUCAUGUGAAAGUACGAUAGUUGAAAUCCGACUACGCAUUCUUCUGGCGAACCAUAAGUUACUUCUUCCUAACGGUUUUUGGUAAUAACAAAAUAUUGUCAAUUUAAGAAAUCUUGUUGUCAUUUACCGAUAUCUGGUGGGGGAAUCGACUCAGUAUCGUAUUGUUUUAACUGUGUUAACUCCCGUCUUUCUGGCUUGCAAAAGUAGAAAAAAUGUUAAGUCACUUAAAAAUUUGAUAAAAGCAAAAGAGGUUUGCCACAGAUACAGUAAGAAAUUUCUUUUCCAAUACCACAGAGGGGGAUAAGGCGUGGUAGGCAUAAACUAUGGUUGGAAAAUGGCGUUCAAUUAAAUUGCCAGUAAAGAAUAUUACGUUAAUCGAGAGUUUGGCAAGCGACCAUAGGUGAUGUCCGAGGAUGCUUCUGACCAGGCUAAUGUCGCUAUUGUAGCUGGCUAAGCAACGUAAAGGGUGGUCGUUUUUUGUUAGUUUGGACGAGAUAAAAUUAAACCGAACGAUAAGAAUAUGUACGACGCCUGCUGCGAGCGAGCCUUACGUUAAGUACUUACGCACUCUCUGAGAAGGUGCCGGACAUAUUUUUAUCGUUGUGGAUUUCAAAUAUUUUUUCAAGUCUGUUUUUUUCCUUUUUCGUAGAUAUUUUCGUAUCCGUUUCGAUACGAUUUAGAAGUUUCUUCCGAAGGUUUACAGAGCAUACAAGUAAACAAUAUAAAACGUAAAAUGAGAUAAGUGAAGAUGACGAAUGGAUGAAAUAAAAGAUGCAAAGAAGAAAAAUCACGAGGAUAAAAAAACCCUCUUUAUACAUAUAUAUUGAGCCGAUUUUCGUGAAAGUUCCCGGAAGGAAUCUUUAACAUAAACAGUUAAACGCAAAGUGCAUAAGCAUGGGAGAAAGCAACGGGCUGUGAUAGAAAGAAGUUUAUAAUACUUGUAAGUAGUACAUAGCUGUACCAAUACAAUUAGCAGUAACAUUAAAGCAUGUAUCAAGAAAUAGUUCCAUAAGAGCAAGAGGUAAAGAAAAAAAAACAA